GAUAUUUGUUACAAAUUCAAAAAAAAAAAAACCCUCUUCUGUGCACUUCACUGGUUUUCUUUUUAUUUAUUUAUUUUUGUUUUAAACUUUGGAGGCGAAUAUUGUUGCGAAUAAUGCAAGACAUCCACUUGAUCGGAGGUGGCCGAGUAUUCAGCAGCGGUGGCGGAGGUGGCGGAGGAGAUAGAAGGUUACGACUGCAACACCAACAACAAAACAACCAGGCACUCAAGUGCCCACGUUGCGACUCACUUAACACGAAGUUCUGUUACUACAACAACUACAAUCUCUCUCAGCCACGUCAUUUCUGCAAGAGCUGCCGUCGUUACUGGACCAAAGGUGGUGUCCUUCGUAACGUCCCCGUCGGUGGUGGUUGCCGCAAAGCCAAGCGUUCGAAAACCAAGCCUUCAUCCGAAUCCACGACAGUCGCCGCCGCGGCCCCUGCACAGCCACAAUCACAGCAACUCCUUGAUCAACGUAAAGCGAAUUCUCAUUCUAGCAGCGACAGUUCGAGUCUUAUUGCAGCAAAUUCUAACGUUGCAGUGGCAAAUAAAAACAACAACGAUAGUUCUACAGGCGGCAUGGCGGAGGCGGUGUCGGCAGUAACGUCUCAUUCAAACAAUAUAAAUGUAAGCGAGUCGAAGUUGUAUGGAAACCCUAACAAUUUAGUCUUCGAGGCAGGAUUACUGGAACAAGGAUCAGAAUCGGGGGUUUUUCCGGAGAUUGGGAGUUUUACGAGCUUGGUUACUUCGUCAAACAAUGAAACGUCGUCGUUGGGUUUCGGUACGGUAUUAAAUGGGCAAGGACAGUGGCAGCAGCAAAAGAUGAUGAGUGUUGGAGGGGAGGAAAUCACCGGGGAAUUGCUCGAUCAGACGAUGCAGGUUGAGCUUUCAAAUUUGCAUGGUAGAUCGGAGAGUGGAUUUGGACCGUUGGAUUGGCAAGGGUGUGGAGAUCAACCGUUCCUUGAUCUUGCUAAUGAUGUUGACCAAUCGUAUUGGAGUCAAAGUCAAUGGUCUGAUCAAGAUCAUACGGCCCUCUAUCUACCGUAAAUUGUCUCACUCUCACCCCCCCUUUUUUUUUUCUCCUUAAAUUAUUUAUUAACUAUAAAAAAAUUGAAACAAAGAAAAAAAAAUGGAGAAAAAGAAAAUCAAAGAAAGGUUCAAAGCUUGAAGUAAAGAAACUGAAAGAGAGUUAAAUUGAUAUAUAUAAAUCCGACUGUUUCUUGUGUAAAACGUUUAAAAUUUUUCUUAAUUUUUUACUUAAUAUUUAAGUUCUAUUUUGGUGAUUUUUGAAGAUGUUUCCAGUUUUUUUAAUGCAGGAUUUUGUUGAUGGCGUAUCUGAAUUCAAUUAAUGUAGAGAAAAUAUAGAUUUCAGGUUUUAAUUUAUGAUUGAUAUUUGUAGUUUUGAGUGUGGCAAAUGUAAUAGUUUUACUUAAAUAUUCCUCUAUAUUUAAUUAUGAUAUUAGGAGAUUUUAAACAUAUGGAUGUAGUUACUGUUACUUUUGAUAAUGAAUUAUGUGAAGGAUUAAUAAUACCCAAAA